GCCAGCAAGCGAGCGAGCGCCUAGAUACUUAUCGCGAGCGUGCGCGCGCGCGCGUCCUCGCGUCCCUUCGGUUCGAUGUUGCGCAGCGUCGUCGUCUUCGGCGGUGACGACGGUGACGACGACGACAACGACGACAACGACGACGACGACGACGACGACGACGACAAUGACGACGACGACGACGACCAUUGUCAUCGCCUGAUGGAGGAUACCGGUGUGUUCCUCGCGAUCGCCAGAUCCGCGUUUUAAUCUGCACGAGUGUAUAACGCCAAAAGUCGUCGAUGACGACGACGAUGACGAUGACGAUGACAGGAAGCGACCUGUCAGAGCACCCCGAGCGUUCGAAAGCGCCAUUCGCGCCAAGUAUUCCUCUUUUCCUUCUUUCUCGUUCCCGGAGACGAUCUCAUCUAGCGCGGAGCGAGUACGGCUUCGCGACUUCCGGGGUUUGUCGAGAGGAUUGAGAGAAGGCGAGACGACAGAAAGAGAAAGAGAGAGCGAAGCUCCAUUUCGAGACUCCGGAUUUUCAGCCGCCGUAGAUCUCCCGGCCACGGAGAUGCGCGUCGCCGCGAUCUCCGUCGUCGUCGUCGCGGUUGUAAACACGGCGCCGUUCUCGCGUGUCGGGAAUUGGAGUACGCGGCGAUCUCAGGUGAGAUCGCCACUACCUGUUCUCUCUCUCUCUCUCUCUCUCCCUCUUUCUCUCUCGCUCUCGCUCCACGCGGAGCACUAAGACGACGUACGCCAUACGUGCUGCUCGCUUGUUUGGUCGGUUGCUUGCUUGUUUGUUUGCACUUUUGGCUGUCAUCGCCCGUCGUGGUCGCGAGGGAGGGAGAGAGAGAUAGAGAUAGAGAUAGCGAUGGAGAAGAGAAAGAGGGAGGGGUGCGGCGGUGUCGAGCCCGCCCGUUUCCUCUCCUCAUGCGUGUCCGCGCGCGUCGCGUUGCGUCGCGUCGCAUCGUACCCGUCGGCGUGCUUCCGCGUGAAAUUCCGCGUUAACUAGAACGUCGACGUGUCGCGUUUCUCCUCCGGCCGCUAGUCGAUACUCCGCGCGCGUAGCUUCCGCUCCUCGUCCCGGCGCCGAACGCCGAUCACGCAGCAGCAACAGCAGCUGCUGCGCGCGUCACGCCAGAUCUGUCAUAUUUCGCGGAUCGACACACAUCGCGAACAACCUCCCUCCCUUCCCCCUUCCUCCUUCCUCCUUCCUCGCACGUCUGCCAGAAAUCCGAAGAUCCUCGCGCUGCUCGCGAGGUUCAUCGUCGUCAUCGGAGCUACGGGAGAGAGGGGCGGGGGAGGGAGGGAGGACAAUUGAACUAUGCGGGGACACCACCUGCGGUUUCGUUCCUUCCUCUGCGUCUAUCCGGAAGAUGCGCUCGCGGGAGAUGUGCUUUCGAGAUUGAGCUCGGCUUCGACCGGUGGUACGGAGGGGUCUAGUCCUGCCUCUAGCCCUGCCUCGGCCGCGAGUCUUACGAUGGCUGCGCCGAAAUUCGGUACGCUGGUACCGAACCGUGUUUUCGUAGGUGGCAUUUCGGCUAGCACCAGCGAAGCGGAGCUAGCUCAGGUUUUCUCGGCCUUCGGCAAUGUCAAGGCCACGAAAAUCAUAUCGGACCGCGCCGGCGUGUCGAAGGGCUACGGCUUCGUUACCUUCGAAACGGAGGAGGAGGCUAAGCGGCUUCAGCAAGAGUCUGUUCAGCCCAUUGUCUUGAGAGAGAGGAAGCUCAACAUAGCGCCCGCGAUCAAGAAGCAACCCUUCUCUAGAUCCUUUGACGGUAGUACCGGUUCGCCUCCUUCCGUGCCUACAAGUACUUACUACUACGCGAACGGUAUGGGUCUCGCUUAUCAGAAUGGCAUGACAUUCUAUAACACGGCAGCUGCCGCACCAGCGACUUCCAUCGCUCCUCCUACGGAUCCAGGAACGAUUUAUCAAGCCACAGGAGUGUUUGGCCCUCAAGCCGCUACUGGACAUCAAACGUUCGCUCCUGUGAUGUAUCCAUGUCCGGCCCCAUCGCUAUAUAUGCCACAGCAAUACCAGUAUUCUCCUAUGCCGUACGAACCGUACUACGCAGGAGCAGCCGCCGGGGCACCCCAGUAUUUGUACGCUACUACCGGCAGUUCGCCGAGCAAUACGAACGGUGGUGGAGGUGGCAACAGUUCCGGCAGCAGCGGCAAUAACGGUACAGGAGCUACCAGCCCGCCGACGGGCCCACCGCCACCUCUCCCACCACCGCAUCCGACGCACUUUUACGCUCCUGCUGCGCCGGCUCCGCAUCAUCAUCCACCUGUACCAACGGGACCUCCUCCCCCGGCACAGAUGGAUCAUCUGUACUAUCCUUUUGCAACUGGCCCGCAUCCCGCGCCUCCGCCGCACGCGCCUAUGGGACUGACCGAGCAGCAGCUGUUGCUGUACACCACGGACGCUACUUCGUGCCAGCAAACCUCCGCGUCUGACAGUCAGGCUGCUCCGCAGGAGGAUUCACGUCCGACGCCAAGCCACUCGGAGCAAUCGCACAACGAAGUGCAACAGGCUACUUCAGGCUCACCGGCAACACCGCUGCUGCCCCUAAUGCCCGUCAAAUUUCCCGUGUCCGGUCGUUAUCACGCUAAUUACCAUCCGAUCGCGAUACACACGGCGCACGGCGCGCAAAACGACAGCGAGGACUGCGCCGCCAGUCCGAUGCACUGUCGCAUCCUCUAUCAUCCGACCGUGUACAUUCCGCACACACAUCCGCUGCCGCCGUACACGCAUCACAACGCGUCCGGUACCGCUAGUCUCCUGCCGACACCGUUCUCGGCUUCGCCACAUCAGUCCGGUUACGACAACAGCAACGCGAAGACGUACGGUCACAAUUCCAGAGACUGCAACAAGUACAUGGGCGGUCAGGGUAACAGUUUACGCGGUCAGGGGGGUCAGAAUCACGGCUACUCGUUGGCACACCAAAACACGUACGCCAAGUCGCAGAACACAUACGGCGGUUCGCAGUCAUACAACAGCAAGUGUAGCGGAAACGCGGCGGACGGGUCGCACAAAUAUCCGACGAUAGCGGUGUCGUCGCGAUUGCCGGUACAGUACAAUAGGAGAACGGCUGGAUCGAACGUGGGCUCGUCGGCGAUCCUCAGGUCCGGCGGCGGCUAUGUCUCGAAUCAGAUUGCGCACAAGGUCAAUCAUACUACGGCGUCCAAUUAUUCGUACACGACGAACGGACGCGCGAGGCACUACAGCGACGAUCAGUAUUAUGAGAUCAACAAACCGUCAAUGGCCGGUGGUUACGGCUCGGGUCGUAAAAACUGCCUCUCGAAUAAUAAUAAUAAUAAUAACAACAACAACAACAACAACAACUACAGAGGAAGUGCCGCUCGGUUGGAUGUGCACGGAAAUGACAACAGUCGGCCUAACAACGACACGGCUCAGGCGGACAGCGCCGUCGUCGUUACGAGUACCUCGACGACGUUGUCCUCUCGCCUGUCUCCAUGCGAGCAAAUAAACGCGGACGCGUCCAACACUCAGGAGAAGCCGGCGAGCCCACCGCCAGCCCCGUACUCACCCAUGACACGGCCUCUUCCAACUCUCUCCCCACCCACUUCCCAGGUCCAGUUUUACGCUCCGGCUCAGAAUCGUUAUCAACCAUCCUCCAUGCCCCUGUCCCAAACACAAUCGCAGCAGCAGCAACAGCCCACCGGUAAUCAGCGCAGCCGGUACUCCGUCGGCCAGACGCUAUCGUCCGCCAACCGGAAGCCGUCCGACAAGUAUUCAAGCACCACCAGCUCGCAGACGAUGCUGCGGCAGUCCAAAUUUAAAGUGAACGGUAUAAUGCAGACCACAGCCACGGCGGUGGCGAACAAACUCGCUGACGACAGUCUGGGAGGCGCCGGGGAUGGUCCUGGCAGGCUACCGAUAACGCCACCUGGUACACCGCGGACGACUGGCCAUCCAGCAGCUGGUGAUCAGAAUCAACUGGGCGACACGUGCCAUCAGAUGCAGGCGCUGACUCUGUAGACGCUUCCUACUCUCCUUUCUUUGUUCUUUUUGCCCUCUUUGUUGUCUUCGUAAUAAGAGUAAAUAUUUAUCUUAUAAGAGUCGAGAGAAACCACGCGCGACCUAAGACGACGGCUGCAAACUGUGAAGAACAGUGCGGAAAAAUACAUACGCAACAUACAUACACACUCAUAUAUACAUACAUAUAUAUAUAUAUAUACAUAUAUAUGUACACAUAUAUAUACAUACAUAUAUAUAUAUAUAUACAUAUAUAUGUACACAUACAUCUACAUGCUACGGUAUAAUUUCUCUGGUGAUCUCAGACUCGACAUGCUAAAGACAUUCUAUAAGAAAUGAUAUCUUUCCCAGUUUGAUCGUCACGAUUUGCUGAUCGAUCUGAGCGGGAUCCAAAUGAAGGAUCGUUAUAUGAGCAUGUGUGCAAAGAAUGAUAUAUUAUUAAUUAUAUAUGUGGAGAGGGAAAGAAAGAGGCAGAUGUAUCUGGAAUGAAACUAACUGUUCUAGAUUUAUCCGCCUCUCCGUACUGUAGCAGAGAGUUAACAAAGAUAAAACUUCUAUCUUAACGCAUACAUACGAAAAACACCCACAUACAUACACACAUACACACAUAUAUAUAUAUAUAAGUACGAUACGUCAUUUACAUAUAUAUAUAUAUCUACGUUAUAUAAUAUACAUAUAUAUAUAUAUAUAUAUACAUAUAUAUAUAUCUAUUACAAUAUAUCCGAUGUUAUAUGCGUGAUAGGCUCGACAAACCAUGAAUCUCGCGAGCAAGGCUAGAUUAGUUAGCAAAAGAUAGAACCGAGAGAAAAAAAGGAGAAAAUAACGUUGUUAUCGUACAAAGACGAUGUGUUGUCAUGUGUUCAAAAACAAAAAAAAAGGUGAAAAACAAAGCAGAAGGGUAACAGGGAGGCGAGAUAGGGUUGAUUUCAUAAACGGUUGCUCAAGGCACUGCCACAUCUCCAUGAUUUUUCGUUUUCCAUCCCCAUGGAUCACAACACGGGGGUAUCCGUACUUAUAGUUUCUCUCUCUCGUUAGAGUAACCGUGCAUCUAUAUAUUUCAUCGCGUGUUUCAAACGUAGAGCGGACUAACAACCCGUUUUGUUAUGCCUUUCGUUGACAAAUUUUCACGCUAAACGUUGUACAUGUUGUAGCUGUUAAAUACCGAGAGAAAAAAAAUAACCGAGACCCACAAACGAAAGAUGAGACGCCCCGUAUACCCAAGUGAAAAUAAGAUAAGAUAUUAAAAGAAGAGAGAAAUAAUAAUAAUGAAUUAAAAAAAAUGUGUCGGCUGUGAGCUUCCAAGCAAAUAACAAUAAUUAAAUUAUUAUAAUAUUAAAGGUUAAAUAAUAUUCUACCUAAUUGUUACAAAGGUGGAUUUCUUUUACCUGUAAAUGUGAAACAAAUUUGUUAUCUCGUAUCUCGCAUACCGUAGCUAUGAUUGUCCAUUCGAGAGAGAAAGGAAGAGAGAGAGAGAAAGAGAGAGAGAGAAAGAGAGUAAGAAAGACAAAUAAAAUUUGUAGCGCCGUCAUGUGAAUGUCGUGACGCGUGUUAUUUGAGGAUUUCGAUGACACCCGAACGUGUCGGCACGUAGCUAAUUGUAAGAUGCGAACGCGACAGAGACAAGGCCUAGGAGAAGGCGUAGAGAUAAUAUCUGAGAGUGACCUGUUAUAACACAAGGAGAUUAAUUUAUUGAAGAGGAAAAAAAAAGAAAAGCAAGAGUGCCUUCUAUUUGUUUUCGUGAUUGUAUUGUUGAACAUUUGUUGCGUUACGUUCUCCGAGAGCCUCUAAUGUUGUUAUAAGAAAAAAAAGAGAUGUUUGAAGAAUGUUGUUCCUCUAUUUAUUUAUUGAUUUAUGGGCACGUGUGAUGCUAGUGCGCCCAAUUGUAGCCCCAGCGAAUUCGGAAGUGUGAGAGUAUGCUGUUGCAAGCGGGUCCGGCGAAUACGGUUAGUAACUGUAACGAGAGAGUGAACGAUUGCCAAUACCGACAAAACGGAGUUAUGUCGAUGAGAGAUAUUACAGAGAGAACGAAAGAAUGAGUGAAGUGUUGCGAGUGCGAGUUGUGUGAAUGAAUGUUGCAAGUAGAGGAAAGAAAAAUAGAGAGAGAAAAUGCAGCUUAUUACGGCACCUAGUACUACGUAUAGGCGAAGAAUGUGAAAGAGGACAUCCUUACAUAUAUAGUAAUAUGUGUAUAUGUACGUAUCUAUCGUGUCAGAGUUUACACAUGUAUCGAUAUGUACAUAUGCACAUUAUAUAUACAUAUAUAUGUAAUAAAUAUUAUAUAUAAUAUGUAUAAAUGUCAGAGCGAGAUGAUACAACAUAUACCGAAGAAAUCUAGGAUGUAAAUGCGAAAGAGAUACGCGUUAUUUAGUCGUGUGUAUUUGUGCUCGCGCGCGAAUUUGGAUAGGUGGCUGUGAUUUAUUGCGUGCAAGUACAGAUUUAUAUGUGAGCAGUGUGGCUCGUGUAUCUACUCACACAGACACACGCAUAUUUUAUAUAUGUAUACAUACAUACAUACAUAUAUAUAUACAUAUAUGAAAUACGCGUAUCUAUUUAAGAUAGAUUAUUAAAAGAAAAGUGCAAUUCUAUGUUGACUUUGGUACAACAAAGCUAACAAAUCGAACGAAUAUUGUUAGAUUAAAAACGAGUAUUAAAAAUCCGUGUACUAAAUUUAACGUAGAAUGGUGCUGUGUACUUGAUUGGAGAAAACAUGAUAAAAAUAUAUAUUACACAAAAUAUAUUAUAGUUUUAAUCUAAAGAGGAGAUAAAAGAGAAAACAGAGGAGUCUAAGAUAGACACCAGAGUUAUGUGUAGUAAAAAAAAGAAUAUAGGACCUACGAAUGUAUCAUACGCAGCAAAAAGAGUGCAUUUCGGAUCGUGGAAUUUCGUCCUGGCUCCUAAGCCGCGCGCAUCCGCGAAAAUUGGCAUGCGAUGUGCGAGAUUGGGAAACGCGAGGUUUCCAGACAAUCUGUAUUAAUUUAUUAUCUCGUAGUAUAAAGCUACAUUGCUCCGCGGCGAAUACCACGAUUUAGUGCAAGGUAUUAUUAACGUGAGAU